UCAUGCCUUGUGUACAAACGUUUCGUUUUCAUACUGGUAUUUACUUCUGUUUAAACAUCCGUCUUAUCAAACAGAUUUAUAUUGCACAUGUAUUGGUAAAAACCGUUUAUGAUUGAUUUUCAAUAGCUAUAUAUAGUACGGUUAGUAAUCGGUAAAGAUCAGGUUUUAGAACAAUAAUUAACCCUACACUGCAUUUUAUAACAUACAUUCCGAAAUAAGGAAAGGAUAUUUAUCUAUAUUGUAUUUAUUAAAGCAGGAAAUGGUUAGAUUAAUUGAUAAAGUUAAGCGUAAGUGAUUCUCUAAUAAACUAAAAUGCCACCUAAACAACUGACGAAGGCUUCAACUGGUUCAAGACCGAAAAGCACAGCGACAACUGAGAAGAGGAAAGAUGAAACCAAAUCACCAAAAGAAGCUGAAUCUCGUGAAGUGGUUUUAGAAAGGGAGAUAAUGAUGCUAAGGAAGAACCUUAACAUGACUGAAAUUAUGAAAGAAUUUCGAAAGACUGUACCUGAAAACCACAUGCAGACUAUGUUCUUUGAAUCACUUCACGAGUUAGAGAAUAAGCUCCAGAAAUAUGAGUCGGGUACGGGACUUCCAGCAAGAGGUAGUUUAUCUGAUCUCCAAAUGGACCUCGACAGGGAAAGAGCAAAUAUAAAGUCGCUGAAACAAGAAAUCAGUGCCAAGAACAAGAUGUUAGACGACAACAGAAAGCUGAUCAUCGAGAAAGAUAAAGCGCUCAGAAAGUUUGAAACGGAAUUUGAAUUACAAAAAGCACAUGCCAGACAUUCUGCUGAAGCUGUUGUCAAAUUGCAAAAGCUACAGACGGAGCACGAGGCCUUGCAAAAGAAUAUGGAAGGAAAGGAGUCAAUUAUCAGAGCCCUGUCGCAGGAAAUAGAAAAUCUUAAGAAAGAACUCGCAAUGACAGAAAGAUCACAAAUGACAUUAAAAGAAGAAAUGACAGAAGUGGAGAAAUUGAGAUCAGAACUAAGGGAGAUCAAUGAAAAAGAGGAAGAACGCACCGCAGAAAUAAAAGCACUUACGCGAAAACAACAACAAAGUGAAAGAAUGUUUCAGGAGUAUGAAGCCCAGUUGAAAGAAAAUCAGAAACUUCUGGAAGAAAGAAACAAAGUUAUUGAAAAACUAAAUGAAGAAAACAAUCGCAAUCCACCAGAAGAUGAAGGGAAAGAAAACGAACUGUCCAAACUGCGAAACACGGUGGAAGAACUUAAAGGAAAGAUUUCAAACGAAAGGGCUGGUAACAAAAGAGAAAUUUUAGAACUACGGAAAGUGCUAGACGAGAGAACUGAAAAUUUUAAAGCACUAGAGGAAGAAAAACUGAGAAUUUCGAAUGAAAAGGCAGAAAAAGAAAAAGAACUUUCCAAUCUGAUAGAAACUUUGAGUCAUAAAGAAAAACGAAUAGAUGAAUUAGAGACAAAACUGAAAUCUCCAGACAACAGUAAUAAGGUUGAGGCAGACGGCUUACUCCGGGAGAAAACGGAUGAAAUCAACAGACUGAAGACUGAACUUCAAGAAGUUAAAACAGCAAAAGAGAUGAUCAAACGAGAGAAGGAAAAGUUAGAGUUCACUUGUCAUGAUGCAUUUGAUAAACUAGAAAAGAAAGAAAAAACAAUGAAACAACAACAAGAAGAGCACAAUAAGCUAAUUCUUAGGAAAGAUGAAACAAUACAGAAACUUCGAAGAGAAAAGACAAUGGUAGAUCCAACUGCAGGCGGUAAAGCAAAUAUAGAAACAAAAAGUUUGGUAGACAAGUAUGAAAAGACAGAAAAAGAGCUGAAAAACGCCAAGAAUGAAAUUGAUGAGCUAAAACAAAGGCUCUACAAAGUUGGCGGUGCUAAUAUUAUGAGUGGCAAUCCAAAUAUUACUGACCUAAGUGAUGACAAUCGACCGUCAAAAUUGUCUGAGAAAUUUUCCGAGCUUUACGAGAAUGAAUGGACUAAUGCAUAUGAAGAAGUGGAAAGGGAAUGUAAAACAGAAGAGAAGAGUAUCGGCUAUCUAUAUAAGACAUUAGGCGAUAUUUUUGAUUUCUGUAGGACUAUUGCAGAAGAACAUGGAAAGAGUAUUCAAGCAUGUUUGCUUACUAUUCCGUAUGCAGCAAACGCUAGACCUAAAUCAGCAAAGCUUGGUGUUACCAGCCUUCGUCAGCUGAAAGAACUGAGAAAAAUUGUUGCACCAUAUCUAGUUGGCAGCGUUUUUCAGCAUUUUGUCGACACAAUGCAAAUAAAUCUGACAGGAAAGAAGAAAACAGAGAAUUUCAUCAAAGGAUGUGUAGAAAUAUGUUGGUUAAUGAAUUCACUGGAUCCGCCAGUCAUUCUUGAUACUGUCAACGGAAAGGGAAACAAAUUUGACGGUGAUAAAUUCAGGACUUACACCAAAACUGGUCAACUAAUUGACUAUGUAGUAUGGCCUCCAGUGUUGUUACAUAAAGAUGGACCAUUGCUGUGUAAAGGUGUUGCUCAAGGGAGAUGAUUACAGUUGUUAUACGUUAGAAUAAUAUCCCAAAACAAACUUCCAUGUUGCCAAUGUCCCCUAAGUCAACUAAUUAUACCAUUUCAAAGUCCGUCCAAAUUACAAUUACAUCGUUAUUCGUCCUUUUAUGUAUAAUUUAUUACUUAAUAAAUGUGUCAUGCAAUAAAAUAUG